GCUUCCGUCCCGGAGCGCGGUCGGGCUAGAGUCGCCAGAGUGGGAGGGGAGCGAGCCAGCGGGAUCCCAAGCCGCCGAGCGCGCUGCCCCUCGCUCCGCCGCCGAUGACUCGGGAGCUCGGGCCCAAGCGCCGCCCAUGCAGCCCCGCUGAGCCCCGCCGAAGGAGCGUUGAUGAAAAAACACUCGACCGUCUCCGCUGCGGAGAGCCAUGAGCUGUCUGGAUGUUAUGUACCAAGUUUACGGUCCUCCGCAGCCUUACUUCGCAGCCGCCUACACCCCCUACCACCAGAAACUAGCCUAUUACUCCAAAAUGCAGGAAGCUCAAGAGUGCAAUGCCAGCCCCAGCAGCAGUGGCAGCGGCAGCUCCUCAUUUUCCAGCCAAACCCCAGCCAGUAUCAAAGAGGAAGAAGGCAGCCCAGAGAAAGAGUGCCCACCAGAGGCAGAGUACAUCAACUCCCGCUGCGUGCUCUUCACCUAUUUCCAGGGGGACAUCAGCUCCGUGGUGGAUGAACAUUUCAGCAGGGCCCUGAGCCAACCUAGCAGCUACUCCCCCAGCUGUACCAGUAGCAAAGCACCCAGGAACUCUGGGCCCUGGCAAGACGGCUCCUUCCCGAUGAGCCAGCGCAGCUUCCCCGCCUCCUUCUGGAACAGCGCGUACCAGGCGCCGGUGCCCGCGCCGCUGGGCAGCCCUCUGGCCGCCGCGCACUCGGAGCUGCCCUUCGCAGCCGCCGACCCCUACUCGCCGGCCGCGCUGCACAGCCACCUGCACCAGGGCACGACGGAGCCGUGGCACCACGCGCACCCGCACCAUGCGCACCCGCACCACGCGCACCCGCACCACCCCUACGCGCUGGGCAGCGCCCUCGGCGCCCAGGCCGCCGCCUACCCGCGCCCUGCCGGCGUGCACGAGGUCUACGCGCCCCACUUCGAUCCCCGUUACGGGCCGCUGCUGAUGCCCACAGCCUCGGGGCGCCCGGCCCGCCUCGCACCCGGCCCGGCGCCCGCGCCUGGCAGCCCGCCCUGCGAGCUCUCCGCCAAGAGCGAGCCGGCCGGCGCCGCGUGGGCCGCGCCCGGGGGGCCCUUCGCCAGCCCCGCGGGGGACGUGGCCCAGGGCUUGGGCCUCAGCGUAGACUCAGGUGUGCAGCCCCAGGACAAAAGCAAGGAUGUGUACUGGUUUUAGACAGCCCGCCUUCUCCCCUGUAGGUCUCUGCGCAGUGCAGUUGUGGCACUCAGAGCCCAAAUGGAGUGGGUUUGUAACAGCUUGUGAUCUUGGUUUGCAGCUCGCCGCUAUUCCCUCUGUGGUGCAUCCCUCCUGAGCUGAUCUGCCGACCCAGGGUUUCCCCUUCCCUGUCUCUUCUGACCAGCCUGGAGGCUCAGCACCUGUGCCCUCUCACUUCAUGGAUGAGGACAUGGGGGAAAGGCAGAGACUUCAAACUUCUUGGUGUAUGGGGAAAACCAAAAGCCACAACUACAGAAAUUUCCCGCUGCUGAAAGAGUGGAUCCAAAGACUCUGAAUUACGUUGGCCAAAUCACUGGAAAUAUCUGUGGUGAGAUCACUUAGUCAGGUGACAGGAUAUCAUAAGCUUUUUUGGAAAGGGAGAAAGAAAAGGAGACUUUUUGGUGUGAAUAUUUUUUUAUGCUGAUGUGAAUUCUUUCAUUAGGUAGUGUGAGCAUAGCACUACUGACGUUGUGGAUAUCCUCAGAUUUAAAACAGUAUGUGUAUUUGCAUCGAAGACUGUGGUAGAGAAGUAAAGAGAAGUCAAUUCCUUCUUCCUCACCAUUCAGCCUCCAGCUCCCUCCCUGCCCAUCCCCACCCCACAACACCCACUCCAGACACAGAGGCACACUUUUUCCUCUGGACCUUGAACAUGGAAGCCUCAGCCUGAAUGUGAGUGGCAAGUGGCUUAUCUGGAGCCACCUGCCCAAGUCUUACUGCAAGGCAGCUGUUGUAGGACAACUGUUUAAAACUCCAGAAAUACAUCAACCAAGGUGGCACUUCCCAGUGUUUGGCAGAACAAUUGCAAUUGCACUGGAUAUAUUUUAUAUAUAUAUGUAUAUAUAUCAUAUUUUUUACAAGGAACAUUUUACGAUGAAAGAAGAAACCCUUCUCUGCCUUCUGUCCCACAAUUUCUGUCCCUCCCUCUAUCCUCUGGAUGCAAAAAGCAACAAGAGACCCCAGUGAUCUCCAUGGAAAAGAACUGAGAACCAUCACAAGGGGAAGAAAUGUCCAUGGAGCUUCCAAUACCUCGAAUAUUUUUCUGUCUCUAUGGUUGUGAUUUGGUCACUUUAGUGUUGGGGCAGGGGAAGAGGUCUGUGUGUGGGCAAAGCUGCAGGUGACGAGGAAGAAGAAAUGAACAUUAAAGAUGUCUGUUUACUGUGGGUUCACUAUGUUGUUUCAUAAAAGAAAAUAAAUACCUUAGUUUUUCUCUAGUAAAAUAAAAUAAUUUAUGGUAGUAUGA